AUGUCAAAACCUACUGUUAUUUCUCCAGCAAUACUGAAAAGCUGGCUAGAUUCGCCCUCGGCCACGCUCAAGGUGGUUGUCAUCGACGUACGAGACGAAGACCGAUACGGUGGUCAUAUCCGCAAUUCGGUCAAUGUCCCCUCCUCGACUUUUAUUUCAGCUAUUCCAAACCUCGCAGACCAACUCCAACAAACUCAAGCUCGUCGCAUCGUUUUCCAUUGCCAACUGUCCCAGGUCCGUGGGCCUUCCUGUGCCGGAGCUUACUUCCGUCAUAUCUACGGUACCCCGUUGCAACAGGAGCAAGAGAUUUACAUUCUUCAGGGCGGCUUCAGCGAAUGGGCACGACAGUAUGGACGCGAAAAUUCAGUCACUGAAAACUAUAAACCUCAGCUUUACGAACAGCUAUAA